CAUAAUAUUCUUUACUUUCUGCUUCAUGUGGUAAAUAACACACAUCACGCCCUCUAUCAGUUUUAUUCGAAAUGUUUAUGUUCCAAUACAACUGAUUUCAUAUUGUAUAUUAUGGCGGUGGAUAAGGAUUACCUAUGGCCUUCGCUGUGCCUAGCGCUAUAAAGUGUUGUAUCAGUAUGUAUGGUUCAGCUAAUCGAAUAAUACGCAUCAGACAACAGUAAACCAGUAGAGCAUAUCAUUCAGCUCAGAGUUAUUGUCUUUUUUCCAACCGAAUAAUUACACGAUGGCUAGAAUUAAGUUUUUUCAGUGAUUCAGCAGUACAUAGGCUAUAACUCGGCAAAACAUGUCGAACACUUCUGCCAAUACGUAGUUGUGAUACGACUAGCAGUAUGGAUCCCAGAUUAAAACCAAUAGUAAUACUUGUACUAUUCUUGGUGAUAGCCUUUUGUCAAUAUGACCGUUGCUCAGCAGAAUCAUCCAUACGUGUUGGGCCAGUAUCGACAUCUGCUUUCGAAACAAGCUUCGUACGUCUAAAUUGUUUGGCAUAUAUAGACAUUGGAUUCGAGGGAAAGAUAUUUUGGUUAAAAGAUUCUGCGACGAUAGCUGACGGUAACGAAAUCGUAGAUGGAACCGGCCUCGAAAAUAUUGAAAUAAAUUCGACGUUUGAGGGCCAGGAUCUCUGGAGUGAAUUGCUUAUUACGGAUGUCACAAGAAAGCAUGAUGGGAGGUACCUUUGUCAAGUACGUGUUUACAUGGCUUCGAAUCCAGAAUUGAUACUUUCGUCUCCCUCUUAUGAGUGCACAUUAAGAGUAUUCUAUUUACCAACGCCCGUUUGUCCUGAUCAAGCGCCAUCAUUCCUAUUGAAUGAAAAAGUAAGCAUAUUGUGCCAUUCUGAUCCUGGAGAAAAAACAGCAACACUAGAAUGGCUAUUAAACGGGCAGGUUACUGCAUACAAAAUAUUUUCAGAGUUAGAAACUAUACAUACGCUGAAUUACACAUUCGUAACGUCAGCAGCCCACAACCAUAAAAUAUUUGAAUGUAGAACCGCUAGUGAAUCGUUCGUAAUGCCAAAUACCUGCGAAUUUGGACCAAUAUAUUUAAGUUUGAAUAUAUCAUUGAACCCUAUAUCCACCGCAGGAGAUAGUAUUCUAGUUGAAUGCGCUACUAAUGGAAAUGGUGACAUUGAAUAUACAUUUUAUCGGGAUGACGUUCUUGCCACCAGUGGAGUUACUGGAAAUCGUUUCCAAGUCAUCGUAAAUGAAUACGACACAGUUAUUACGUGCCAAGCAGUGGAUUCAGAUUUGAUCUCUGGCUCUAUUAACAUAACAUUGCCAGGUAGACGUAUAACAGUUUCUUCAGACAUGACAUCUGAACCAUCUAUAAAAUUUGCACCAACCGUAAUGACUACGUCAGUGACUCUUCUAAUGCCUGCGUUAGUGACACCGUCAAUUACUACAGCAUCAUUAAUUCCACCUCCUAUGGAAGCUGUCAAAGGUAAUAAUGUAGGUGUUGCUAUCGGUUCUAGUUGUGCAGCGAUUGUCUUUGUAGUAAGCAUUGUUACCAUCGGUUGCCUGUUUGUAAGAAAAAAGCUUAAACACACACCCACGUCAGCUAAUGAUGACUUAUUUCUCGAAGAAGCCUUUGGCAGAAAGAAGUCUUUAAACGUCAGUUUCCGUAAAAUUCAGAAACGUCAAAGUAAACAGAACAACAAUGAAGUAACAAAUAAUGAAGACGUAAAUGACGGUUACGCAGUUCAGUUUCUUUCGGAGCGUGAAAUCAAAUCCUCGAGUGGCACGGGAGUCAUGCCAGAUGUUAUUACGUCUGCCAAUCAAAACAACUUGGCAUACAGUAGCAGUGAGGAAAACCCUGUAAGUGCAUUAGACCACGACGCUGUUGGUGAAAAAGGUUGUUCAGAAAAUGGUGAAAGCAAUAAAGAAUAUCUGUGUUUGGAAUCCCACUCUGAUCUGCAGACAAAGAAUAUUAAUAAUUCAAAAACGGAAGGCAAAGAACAUAAGGUACAUCCUGAAAUGCCAUUGAAUGCCUCUACAGUUUCUUCGAUGUUGGAUUCUUUGAUUAAAGACACAGACUCAGUCCAAGAGAGUGACAAACAUCAGAAGUUAUCCACAAAAUCUCCAUCUCGAAACCAUCCACAAAAUGACUCGAAGUCGGUUGUUCCUAAAGAACAGAACGUUGGUGUAGAAGAAUCUGUUAUGAUGCAAGUAAAUAACGACAAGAGAACGCAUUCUCUUAAUAAGAAUUCUUCCAACCAAAAAAUAAAUACUAAGAAACAUUCAAGGCACGCAGAUACUGACCGUGGUACUCUUACACACUCCAGUGAACCUAAUGAUGACACCUUCGAUGGGUCAAACUUCGACGAUCCGCCAAAGGAAAUACUUCCUUUCAUCGGCAAAAAUGCCCAGUUAUAUUCUGCUUCGAUGGAAGCAUACAAGAGACAAUUAAACUCGAAGAAGAGAGUGGAUUCAGUGCCUACGGCUGGACAUACUUCCAAGCCUAUAGAUACUAAUCCACAUGUUAGGUCUGCCAGUGUGAAUACAACGGCAGGUAAAAUGACAGGAAAAGGCGUGGUGAAUCCAUCACAUAAACGAACAUCUCAAACCCAUGAACGGCGAUCUCAUCGUGGUGAACAGAAUGUUGUUUGGAAUACAAGCGCCAAAUCUAAAGCUGGUGAUAGGCCCCAAAACCAACUGACAGUAACUCGCAACAAGCACGCGAGCGGACGAUCGCAUUGGGAUGAACCACAAUCCACCAGACCAUCAAAUCGCAUGCAGCCUACUGUCAAACAAUUCCUUCGUAGUGACAACCAUCAUGAUGCAAUGUUGCAUCCGAUACCACCAGUAGGGAGUACAUCUCAUGUAGUUCGGAACCCGGGAGCAAAGAAAAGUCGCUGAAAAUGUUGAGAAGGAAUAGCUAAUACUGUUUAGGAUAAGAUUUGGCCAAUAUGAGAAUCAAUGCAAAUAAUGUAUCAAAUUAUAUCUAAUCUAAAAAAACAUAUUUUUAUAUAUUCAUACUUUUAAUAUAU